CUAAGAUGGCGGCGCUCCCGUGAAAUCUCGCGAGGUUUACCUCCUCAGAGUAGGCCUCUGGUCGCAACUCGAGGCGCUCCUGAGGAGGAAAAGGAGAAGCCGAGGUGGAGUGAGGAGGAGCCGCGGAGGGAGAAGCCAUGUUUCGGGGGGUUCUUUCGGGGCGGAGAGCGGUCUUGUUGCUCCACCGGUUUCAGAGCACACUGGUCAUAGCUGAGCAUGCCAACGAGUCUCUUACCCCUAUUACGUUAAAUGCCAUCUCUGCAGCCAAACGUAUUGGAGGCGAAGUAUCUUGUUUAGUAGCCGGCACCAACUGUGAAAAGGUGGCUCAAGAGCUCAGCAAAGUGCAAGGGGUCGCCAAAGUUCUUCUUGCCCAGCAUGAUGCCUACAAAGGACUUUUGCCUGAGGAGCUGACUCCAUUGAUUUUGGCAACUCAGAAGCAGUUUAAUUACACCCACAUCUGUGCCGGAGCAUCUGCCUUUGGGAAGAAUCUUCUUCCCAGACUGGCAGCAAAACUUGAUGUUGCUCCUAUCUCAGACAUAAUCGAUGUUAAAUCUCCCGACACUUUUGUCAGAACAAUUUAUGCAGGAAAUGCCCUAUGCACUGUGAAGUGUGAGGAAAAAAUAAAGGUGUUCUCUGUGCGAGGCACUUCUUUUGAGCCUGCAGCAGUGAGUGGCGGUAGUGCUAGUUUAGAAAAAGUAUCUGCUCCUUCACCAGUUGGUCAGUCGGAAUGGCUUGAGCAAAAGCUAACAAAAAGUGACCGUCCAGAACUGACCAGUGCAAAGGUUGUUGUAUCAGGCGGCCGAGGCUUGAAGAGCGGAGAAAACUUCAAACUUUUGUAUGAUCUUGCAGAUCAGUUGCAUGCCGCAGUUGGUGCUUCUCGGGCAGCUGUUGAUGCAGGCUUUGUCCCCAAUGAUAUGCAAGUUGGACAGACAGGCAAAAUUGUAGCACCGGAGCUGUAUAUCGCUGUUGGAAUAUCUGGAGCAAUUCAGCAUCUAGCUGGGAUGAAAGACAGCAAGACCAUAGUGGCUAUCAACAAGGACCCAGAAGCACCAAUAUUCCAAGUUGCAGAUUAUGGCUUGGUAGCAGACUUGUUUAAGGUUGUUCCUGAGUUAACAGCAGCCUUGAAAAAGUGAAAACUCGCAUGUUUCCAAGAGUUGGGCAGAAAUGGCUGUGAUUUCAGCUUUGAAAGUGUUUUUAAACAAAAUCUAAAUUAUAUUUUAUGAAGUGAAAAAUGCAACAACCACUUAAUUAUUGCCAAAAAUGUAUGUUCUAGACGACCUCCGAAUGCCUUGUAAUAUACCUAUUUGUAUCUUUGUCUGCAAUUUAGGUUCUGAAAUGAUUUUUCUAAUUAUGUAAUAAAUAUGCAUUGUACUCACGA